AUGCAGAAUCUUAAUCGCAAAAUUAAUGAAAAGAGCUUAAAUAACGAAGCAGUAUCUUCCAGCUCUCUUGAAUCUAGUAAGGAUUUGUUUACUCAAUCUGUUGAAAAAGGUAUAGAAGGAGCAGAUCAGAAAGAGCCUUCCUCCUUGCCGCCAUUUAUUCCUGAGACAUUUGACAUAACGCCUAUUUGGAAAUCUGAGUUGCUGCUGACUUUUGCUCAUAUUUUUCUUAUUCGAGGCAGCCUAUGUGUGUUACGGGCACUACAGCGUGACAGCCAUCUACCUGUUAACCCAGCAUAUGCGGCUCGAAAUCAGCCUGACUACCAGACUGUUCGAGACUCCCUUGUUGAGCUAGUCAACCUGGCCGAUCCUGUAGAAGAAUACACUCGGCGGUUGGGCGUUCUUGUCAACCAGCCCUAUUCGCCACUGGUUGAACUCGACUUUGACUCUGAAGCUAAUUAUGGCGGAACCCGCUCGGGGGGCUCUGCAGCUUUAUUCGCCAGGUCACAUGCUUACCUUACUGGGCCUCAAUUCACGGAGGAGCCAACUGAACAACUGUAUGCAAACGCAGCACAUCUAUUUGAAACCGCCCACCUUCGCCUCCUACAGGCUGACCAACAUGAUCAGCUGCAACAGGAGCACCUAAUAUCUUGGGAGGCUUCAACGACUCAGCCUUGGGCUGGUCGGCUAGGGCCUCCUGACAGUCCAAUCCUGCUUAAAUCUUUGGCCAAACACAAUGCAAUCGCUUGCCGUAUUUUGGCCGCUAGACCGGAUCGCAGGCCUAGGCCUAUGGAGCGAAUGACCCUUGCCACUGAGGGCGUAGUGUUUGCUUCCAAAGAGCAACCUAGUGAAGUUUCUCCACUACCUGAAGACAAUGGGGCUUCAAGCUCGUAUAAUGCUUCUACUCGAACCUCUUUGUCCCUUAAUACUUGUAUUCCCAAAUCCUCUGAACCCGCUGUUUCUUGUAAACGUCCUCUAAUACACUACUAUCCCACUCAUCACAGCCAACAACAACAUCAUCUUGGCCUGCGCUGCCGACCAUAUCUUCCUCCAAACUGUCCUGUUGAAAUGGUUUUCACUUUUCUGCCCAGUCGCAUGUAUCCAUUGAUCCGCCUUCUCACCACAUGCUCAGAAUCCAAAACGUAG